CCGUACUCGAACCCCUAGGAUACGGGUACCUACCUAGGCCUACCUAACCUCUAAUGUACGGUGUUCAUACACGUACUUGUAUGUACAUGUACGCUACAGGUGCCAUCUCAUGUUAUUCAGGCCUCGUAUUUGAUCAACCACGAAGCAGCCGAGAGACAUUCAGUCCUGCAUCGGUGCACUGCCUUCUUUUAAAGACCGAUCCAAUCCGAAUCCGGCCUAUGUACCUCCGUAAUCUGAUGGUUAAGAAUCUUCAGAAGAAGUGAUGGCUUUCUGUCUUGCUGGAUGGCACAAAGUUAAAACGAGAGCGAUU